AUGCUCGGUAUGGCAAUGCACUACUGGCAUAGCCCCAGUCAGGUGUGUUUCCGCGAUGAUCUCAUUUGGUGGCAUGAAGAGCCUCCGGAGCUGUUGGAGAUCAUUCCCGAUGAUGCCUGGGUGAUCAACUUGGGAGCUUCCAAUGGGGGCUGUCGACGACUGCUGCAGUCGCCUGGUCCGCCAACACGCUCGAACCUUUUUGAGACACAGGAUCCUGCGAACUGCCUGUUGAAUCGCAGCCAUCGAGCCAGUGGCAUUUUCUUCGAAGGCAACAAGAAAGACUACAUGGAACUGGAGAAGGCUCUUGGAAACCGCUCUGACUUGAAGCUGGCCGAGAAAACUGACCCCGGACACUUCAAGACACUGGUGAGAAACUAUGUGGCUCAGCAGGAUGCCAGGGGAGUGGCUGGCUUGGAGCGUCGUGCAAAAGAUCCUCUCCUACUGAAGGUGGAUGUGGACAAUUGCGACUGUUGCUUCCUGGAAGUGCUUUUGAAUGAUCCACCAGAGGGUCUCCGCUUGCGGCCCGCCGUCAUUCAUGUUGAAGUCCACCCAUUGGUCCCACCUCCGAUUGCCUAUAGGCCUUUGCGCUACAGCUUUGGUGUGGGUGAUUCGCUCUUAGAGAUAGGUCCCGAGCAUGGAAGAAGAGGACAUUUUCUGCAUUGCUCACUGACAGCCUUCAUGGAGCUGCUUCUACCACUGGGAUAUCACCUGGCGCACUUGCUCUUCAAUGAUGCCAUCUUCAUCCGCGAGCCCAUGCCGUCCACGUCCGGAAAAAGCCUCAUGGAGAGGCUGAAGAGUGCAAACUUGGCGGAGCGGCUUUGGUAUGGUUCCUUUUUCUGUCAUCCCUUACGGCCCAGCCCCAUCGAAGUGCACUACAUGAUAGAGUUUCAGUAUGACUAUCGAGUUUGGAAUGAUGUAUCCAUUCCUCCCAAAGAUCGUAUUGAGCUGAUUCGAAGCUAUCUCGACGCUUGGCGGGUGCCAAGGGCUUUCUACACCUUGUAUGAAAGCAUCGCCUGA